AUGGGCGACUCAACGACGAGGAUUGAAGAAUUGGUGCAAAAUGGUGGAUCACCAACUAAAGAAAACGCUUUGGAUCAACCAGAAGCUGGAGCGACACAUGUUUUACAAAAUGGAGAGAUUUCAAAGUCAGAAGGGCUUUCAAGAAGAUCAUUUCGCAUCAAAGGAUUAAAACAUCCAGGAUGGCGAAAAUCGGAUGAGCUUUUCGAUAUGCUCACAAGUGCUGAAAAGUUUGUUGCCGAAUUUCAACCAGGCGUCAGUGGUGGAAAACGUGGAGUGCUUUCUCUUAUUUUUCCCGAUAAUGAUAGCGCAAUUCGUGCUUAUAAGCUUGCCAACACUAUACGUAUUUAUGAAAAACCACUUGAGGUCGAAGCUGCUCUGGAUUUUUACUCAACAAAUCUCAUUUUGAAAGCACGGUUUAUGAGUCCCGAAGAUGAGUUGCUGAAGAGAACACUUUUUAUCUUUCAUCUUCCUCUCGACACAGAGGACGACUUUAUGUCUAGCAUUUUUGGUGUUGAUCAAAUGGAAAGUUGUACGUUUCUACCUAUUCUCGAUGAAGAUGAGAAACAAGCAAAGAUAGUUUUUCUUUCACCAGAGGCUGCUCAAACGGCUUGUGAUGAUGUAGAUGGAUUUGUGAUCGAUAAUGGGGAACAUGAAUGCGCUUUGAAAGCCUUUUUCUGGGAUGAAUACAACACUUUCAUGCUCAAUAGUGCCAAAUUAAAGAUUCUACAAGAGAUUGAGUUCGAAGCUGAUGCUAAAAACAAGGAAAAACAGCAAGAACAACCGCUCGAGGAAGAAAGUGCGAAGUUUGAAGAUGUUGGUGAUGAGGAAAAUCAAGAACAAACGACCUCAGUAGAGAUUGAAAUUAACGAGGAUGAUGUUGUUACCUCAAUCGAUCAACUAAUCCACAACAAAAGGAUCAACUUCUCUGAUUGGAAUGGGCCCGAGGAUAUUUACCCUGAGCUAGACGAGAUCUCGGCUCUUUAUGGAGGACUGCCCGACUCCCUUCUAAAGCCUUGUCUUUUGAAAUACCUUGAGCAGCGUCUAUCGGGUGAAGGGCAAGGAUGGAUGCGACAACACUUGGAGCUUUUGAUAAAACUCUGGAAAAAAGAAGUGGUCAGUUCGAUGCUUUAUGAGCGUCCGACUCGCAUCAAACUUCAAUCUCGCACAUUGGCACCUCCUCGAGAAAUGGUUUCAAAACGGAAACGACCGGCAAAUAGAAAAGAAUUGAAACAAUCUUUUGGUAUUGGAAUGGCUUUGCAGCAAGCUAGAACAAUUAUGACUGAUCAAGGAGAAGUUAGUAUUGAUGAAGAUGAUGAUGGAACGAUUAAAAUUGGAGGAGAACAACUCAGUUUUGAUUCUUGGGCCAAGUUCAAUAAAAGUGAUGGUCUUACUGUCUAUCAACCGCCUCAACCUCCGGCCGCUCCACCAAUGUCCCAGGAAGAAUGGGAAAAACAAAAGUAUACGAAAAGAAUGGCAGCAAAGGCACGCCGGAAAGCCAAAAAGGCUGAAAAAUUGGAAAUGAUGACACAGGCAGAAGCUCAAGAAGAAACAAAGACAGAGGCAAAAGUGCUUGAAGAAGGAGAAGUGGAUAGUGGGGAAGAGAGGAAAACAAAGGCUAAACGUUUGAAAGCCUCAACAUCAUCUUCAUCAAGCUCUUCUGAAUCGGAUGACGAUGCUGACGGACAAGGAAGUCGACAUCGGAGACGAGAAAGACGGAAAAAGGAAAGAAUGGGAACUAUCAAAACGGCGGGUGUUCGUUUGCCGGGUGUUUUACAAGCACUUUAUGAUCGUCGUAUUAAUUUGCUCAAUCUUCUAUCGACCGAACAUCGCAAUGGUUUUGCCAAUACACUCAAUGUGAUCAUGUCUACCGAGAAAGUGAUGAUGACGCCUUCACAGCGAGAAAUGAUGUUGAGCAAAAUGAAAUUGAUGCUGGGA